UGGAUGAAGACAAGACCUAUAAUGAUAUCCACACCCACACCAUCUUAUGAGUAAAAUUCUGCCUAUGGUUAAAUAUUCUUCCUAGUUUUCUUUUUAAAAAUUAUCAAGACUUACACAUACAAUUAAAAUUUAUUUGGAAAAGAUAAAUAGUAAAACAUUAAUGAAAAACAAAAACUCUUUAUUUCAAUCCGAAGGAAUGACGAUCAAUACAAAAUCAUAUAAAUUUCGUCAUGAAAUGUCAAAAUGAAUUUUCAUUGAUAAUAUAGUAUAUAUUUUAUUUUUUUAGGUUUUUAUUGAUGUUAUCACGUUUCAGUGUUCGUUUCGAAGAAUCAGGCAAUCGUUUAUUUCUUAUUGCUGAUCGAAAAUAG